UAUGAGCUAAGCUGCCUGCUGGCGAGCCGCAUCACGGGGUCUUCUGAGACUGCCUUCCCACAUUUAAACUGUGAAACACCUUCAGGCGGCACAUGCACAAGGCUAUGCUUGGGCAAACACAGCGACUCUGCCUGCUGAGGUGGAUUACCAUGCGGGCCUUUGCCAGGAUAUCCGCUGUGCUGUUUGUGCUGUCGCUGAACGAGCCAGUGCUGGAGGCCUCAUCAUCGAACAGUCACGUCCGACAGAAGCGAGCCUGGAUCAUCGACUCAUUCACCAUUGAGGAGGAGCAUAAAGGCCCGUUCCCAUAUCCGUUGGGGAAUAUCAGCAUUCAGCGAGACUACUUUGUGCACUUCAUUCUCCACGGAAAGGGGGUAGAUGAAGAGCCCAAGAAUAUCCUCAAAAUUGAUCCAAUUACGGGGCUAAUUACUGUUCACGGGAAGGUGGAUUAUGAGCAGUAUCAUGUGCUAAAGCUAACAUUUGAAGCUAGAAAAUCUUCAUCGGUUGUAGACACCAAGCUUGGUGUCGAGAUAAAUAUAUUGGACAUAAAUGACCACCCCCCAGUAUUUCAAAAAAAAGUUUAUGAAACAACGAUUGAUGAAUCAAUGACACAGGGGUCCAAUGUUUUGACUGUACUGGCAACAGAUUUUGAUAAACCAGGAACCCCAAACUCAACUUUUCAAUAUAAGAUACUUUCUGUGACCCCUAAAACCUCCGACGUUGAGUUUUUUAUUGAACAAAAUGGCAAAAUAUCAUUUAAAGGAUGUUUGGACUAUGAGAAAGCAAAGACGUUCAACGUACUGGUGGAAGCGAAAGACAAUGGUGAGGUGGUGCGUCUGUCCAGCAACACUACAGUCAGUAUCAGCCUAACAGACAAAAACAACCACCUCCCUGCCUUUGCUGGUCGCACGGGACCAGGCAGAAUCAAUGAGAGGGAGUCAGGAGUUUCUAUUUUGCGACUACAUGUUACGGACAAGGACUCAAAAAACACACUAGCGUGGAAGGCCAAGUACACCAUCCAUGGAGACAAGGACAAUGUCUUCAGCAUCCACACUGAUCCAGAAACCAAUGAUGGGAUACUGGUCGUUGAAAAGCCCCUCGACUUUGAGUUGGCCGCCAGCAGAAACCUCACUAUUAGUGUGGAGAACGAGGAGCCAUUCUUCUCCUGCCAGGUGCAGAAGAAGACCGAAACGGGGCUGUGGGAGGUGCUUACAAGAUCAGGGGAGGCUGGACAGGACGGCGUGCCUGCGGCUCACACCGAGGCCAUAACCGUGUUUGUGGAUGAUGUGAACGACCCGCCAGUCUUCACGCCGCCCGUGAAAAUCAUCAUGGUCGAAGAGAACCUAGAAGCGGGACAUAUGCUUGCAACUCUCACUGCGAUAGAUCCGGAUCGCACCUAUAAUAGUGAAUUUGUGUACAAGAUAGCAAAUGAUUCAGAUAAUUGGGUGACUGUGAAUCCAAAAACUGGACAAAUUACGACUGUGAAGAAACUGGACAGAGAGUCGCCUUAUGUUGUGAAUAACACCUACAUUGUAACCUUGUACGCAAUAGAUAAAGGCAAGCCGCCAUUGACAGGCACAGGAUCUCUCAUCAUCCACCUGAAGGACCAGAAUGACAACGUGCCAGAGUUGCUCCAGCACGCAGUGGACAUGUGCCUAUCGGAUGGGCCCACGACGGUCCAAAUCGCCGCCCAUGACCGGGAUCAGGACCCUUUUGCCGGACCCUAUCUCUUUGAGCUGCAAGGUGACGUCAAGGGCAAAUGGCACCUUGAUCCUUACCACGGGGAGACAGCUACCCUUGUGAGGGAGAAGACGGUGUACGCUGGGCCACACCAGCUGCAGCUCAAGGUCUACGACACGCAGGGUCAUAACUCCCUGCAGAACCUCUCAGUCACUGUGUGUGACUGCACUGCCUCGCCCAACUGCCAGCUGCAGCGUGCAGUCGCAUCGCGGGUCACGAAAACUGCACUCGGGGUCAUACUCAUGGUACCGCUUAUGUUACUGGGUAUCCUGCUUUUGGCCACCUUUUUAUCUUGCAAGAAGGAAAAGUCAGUCAUGCAAGUCGACCACGGCACUGCAGAGUACUUGAUUUCGUCCAAUACUGAGACACCAGGAACAGAUUGUCCGAUUCCUAAUGAAUUAAGCCAAGUACACAAGGAUCAGGUGGACCAGAUUGUGACUUCCAACGGUGUGACUGUGCAGAAUAUUCAAAGGAUCCAGCCGGUGGAAGGGAAAUUUCCCCAGCAGCCACCGAGAAAGAUUUUGAGAAGGAGCAUGAGCAGUACGUCACACAUGAAAAGUGGAUUCUACCAGAGCUCAGCACUAAGAAGAUCUCACUCUACAUCAAGAGAAAAUUAUGUUAAAGUGAUAAACUUGAGAUCCAUUCUUAAUCAGAAGAUCAAUUCCAUUCAAGCUCAUGAGGAGCUGUUGGAUGAUCGCCCUAAGGUCUACUCCUACGAGGGCGAUGAACACAACCAUUGCCAGCUGGACUGCAUCUCCAUCCCUGAUAGCGAAUUCACUCCUGACAGACUUCAGGACCUGGGUCCUAGGUUUAAUGGGUUGGCUGCUGUGAGUAGGCCAACAUACAAUUCCAGAUAGGGUCCACUCUGACCCCAACCCACCACAGCCAAGAUCCCAAUCUACUAGCAAAACUACUUUUUUGGAAGCGUGCAAUGAUAUGUUCAGGUAUAUAAAGGACAGAGUUGGAUAUGAACUAGGUGUGGGAAUCCCACCACGUGGAAUAGCAAAGAGAACCACAUGAAGCAGAAUUGGUACUUUAAUAUGGAGAGAGUUUCCCUCUUCAGGGUAGCAAAACUAGACAGGUGUAGGGUCAACUUAAGAAGGGUAAAAGACGAAAAUCAAAACAGAUAUAAAAAAAGGGUAAGGGUGACAGCAAGACUCCAUGGACAAUACCAAAACCGCACCGAAACCCCUGCUCUGUAUGUGUGGAAUUUUCAUGUGACAUUUCCCUUGUGGAUUUAUCAUUUAUGGGGAGGGGGAUCUAGAUCUCUACUGAAGAGUAACCCUGGCACCAUCUCUUCCCCAGACUAAAGGAAUGUUUUUUUUUUUUUUGUGUGUGUGUGUGUGUGUGUGUUUGUGGGGGGGGGGGGGGGUCCAACAUCCAUUUAACCCUAGACUGAGGUCAGCCCCAAGUCCUUAUGACCCUGACCAGUGGUUAGAAGAUGGAUGCAUGGAGCAAAAGGCCAAACUUUUAUGGGGUCAACAAAACACGGAACAGAUGAACUGAAUCCACACAACACACCAGGCAGCGGUCACCCCCAUCACACAAAUGGAUUUUACUUUGGAUUCGACAGCUUGAAAGAUCUUCCCUGUAGGCUUUAAGUGUCCUCCUCUCCCAUAUUGUGACUUGAGGGACUAAGAGCCAACUCCAUCUACUUAAUUUUUCUCCAAAGAGCUGCCUGCUGGUUCACUGACCCACAGACGUCUGAGUAAAGAUUAUCAGAUAGUGUGCUUAUCAAAGGGAUCAUUCUUAAAUCUGUGUGAUGACAGACAUCAUUCAAUCAGAUCUGUUGGCUUUCUGCUCUGUGAUGCUUUCAUUUACAAUCGGUGAUGCUAGAAGAACAGCUUGAAUGGGAGGCAAGAAAGGAUGUGAAUAUCAGGAGAUGUGUGUGAGGAAAGACAACUCAUUGUAUUAAAAUGAAGGGUUUCAAUGGUGUUAUGUCUAGUUGCCCUGGUUUGUGUGUAGAUUUGUAAAAGUAUAAAUCAGUAUUGUUAUAAAUCAUUAGCAAUGCUCUGUAAUAUGGGUUUAACAUUUUGCUGCAUUUUCAAUUGUCUGUCUUUAUUGACUGCUUAUAAUGGCUUUUACGGUCUAUACUUCAUAUAAAUUACACUGUAAAUAUCGCCAUCUUGCGGUUUCUAGGGUUAUGACACAUAUUUCAUUUAGUUUACUCUGCCUAUGAGUAAUGAUAUGCAUUUGUAUGAACGUUCAUUAUCUUUUGUUCUUUAUGUGUUUUGAAAUAUAUAAUUUUUAAGGCAUUCAAGUAUUGGGUGUGUAUGUAGGUGUACACCGAAGAACCAAAACCAAGACACAGGUACAUUGGGAUGGUAAUGCAGAUGACAUCAUGAUUGUCAUGGCAAAGACCGGGGAAGCAGGAGCAGGGAGUCAGAGGAUUGGGGUCUGAGGGAUUUAUUAUGAAAGUGACAUCAAACACGAGGGAAAACGAGCAGCAACGUCACAACGUUAAUGACCGGACUGGGGAAACAUUCUGAAACGCAGACUUAAAUACACAGGACUAAUGACUAAUUAUAUAAAUGUAAUCAGAAAAUCUACAAAUAAAAAAGCAAUCAGAACUGUAUCCUCAUUUGAUGCUUUAUUUAUUUCAUGUAUAGACAAUGCUGAAAUGUUCUUUCAUAUUUGGUAUUGAGAUGAUAAUGUGUGACUUUGUAAUAACUCUGGCUGUAUGUUUAUUUUAUGUUCUGUCUGCAAAAUAUACUACCUGUACUUGUCAAACACUG